AAUACUAAAAAAGAGUGCAAGUAAUUUAGGACGCAGAGAGUUUUAAAUUACUGCAGUUCUUCAGCACGUGCACUCUGGAAGCACGUUGGCUCACGGUUUAACGAUUUCAACGUCCUGCAGAGAUCUGGACCAAGUGAUAAAACACUGUCUGGGGAGGUAAAUAGGCAAAUACGAGCCAGGUGCACCAUAUUACUUCACUACGUAUCCACGCUCGCGACGUACUUUGACAUUCACAGAAAGUUGCGCACUACACGUCAAACGUUUUUUUUUUUUUUUUUUUUUGGAUGAACAGACUUGGAAACCAGACUGUAACUGUCGCGAGACCAGAAUAAAAAGAUGCUGCUACAGUUGGGAGGAAUGCGUUCUGCCAUUGGUCUGUUGGCCCUCAGGAGGGUGUGGUGUGUGACCCGCUCUGCCCACACUGCACCACAGACAUUGGAUUACAAACCCAUCAAAAAGGUCAUGGUGGCCAACAGAGGAGAGAUUGCCAUCCGGGUGUUUCGGGCAUGCACAGAGCUGGGGAUUCGCACAGUGGCUGUCUACUCUGAGCAGGACACAGGCCAGAUGCACAGACAAAAGGCAGAUGAAGCUUACCUCAUUGGAAAGGGGCUGUCACCUGUAGCAGCCUACCUUCAUAUACCAGACAUCAUCAAAGUGGCCAAGGAGAAUGAUGUGGAUGCCAUCCACCCAGGCUACGGCUUCCUGUCAGAAAGAGCAGAUUUUGCACAGGCAUGUGCUGACGCCGGCGUACGUUUUAUCGGCCCAACUCCAGAUGUGGUGCGCAAGAUGGGGGACAAAGUUGAGGCCCGUGCCAUUGCCCUUAGUUCAGGUGUGCCGGUUGUACCUGGAACAGAUGCUCCCAUCUCGUGUUUGCAGGAAGCUCAAGAGUUCUCCAACACCUAUGGUUUCCCAAUCAUCUUCAAGGCGGCAUAUGGGGGAGGAGGCCGUGGAAUGCAUGUGGUCAGGGAGUAUGAGGAACUGGAAGAGAACUAUCAGCGAGCGUACUCUGAGGCCCUGGCAGCCUUUGGCAAUGGAGCUCUGUUUGUGGAGAAGUUCAUUGAGAAACCCAGACAUAUUGAGGUGCAGAUCCUAGGCGAUAAAUACGGCAAUGUCAUUCACCUGUACGAGAGGGACUGCUCCAUCCAGAGGAGACACCAGAAGGUGGUGGAGAUCGCCCCGGCCUCACAACUCGACCCACACCUAAGAGACAGACUCACUGCUGACUCCGUUAACCUCGCCCGACAGGUGGGUUAUGAGAACGCAGGCACUGUGGAGUUUCUGGUGGAUAAACAUGGUAAACAUUACUUCAUUGAGGUCAACUCCCGUCUGCAGGUGGAGCACACGGUUACCGAGGAGAUCACAGAUGUGGAUCUGGUACACGCUCAGCUGCGAGUGUGUGAAGGUCGUAGUUUGCCCGAGCUGGGUCUGAGACAGGACAAGAUACGGAUCAAUGGCUAUGCAAUCCAGUGCCGUGUGACCACUGAGGACCCAGCACGUGGCUUCCAGCCUGACACAGGAAGACUCGAGGUCUUCCGGAGUGGAGAGGGCAUGGGCAUAAGGCUGGACAGUGCCUCUGCCUUCCAGGGUGCUAUCAUCUCUCCUCAUUAUGACUCACUUCUGGUUAAAGUCAUUGCCAGUGGAAAGGAUCUGCCAGCUGCCUCUGCCAAAAUGAGCCGAGCAUUAGCUGAGUUCCGUGUCCGUGGAGUCAAGACUAACAUUCCCUUCCUCCAGAACGUGUUGAAUAAUAAUCAGUUCCUGAAUGGGACAGUAGACACUCAGUUCAUUGACGAGAAUCCAGAUCUCUUCAACCUCAAACCGGUGCAGAACAGAGCCCAAAAACUGCUUCACUACCUGGGGCAUGUUAUGGUGAAUGGUCCAACUACUCCGAUACCUGUCAAGGCUAAGCCUUCCUCCAUCGAUCCGGUCAUCCCACCAGUUCCUCUCGGUGAGCCACCAGUGGGUUUCAGGGAUGUGUUGCUGAGAGAGGGUCCAGAUGGUUUUGCGAAGGCGGUGCGUGCCCACCAGGGUCUGCUGCUUAUGGACACCACAUUCAGAGACGCCCACCAGUCCCUCUUGGCCACUCGUGUACGCACUCACGACCUCAAGCGCAUCGCGCCGUUUGUGGCUCACAGCUUCAGCAACCUCUUCAGCGUGGAAAACUGGGGAGGAGCUACGUUUGAUGUGGCGAUGCGGUUCCUCUGUGAGUGCCCCUGGAAGAGGCUGCAAGAGUUGAGGGCUCUGAUGCCAAACGUACCUUUCCAGAUGCUCCUGAGAGGUGCCAAUGCCGUUGGAUACACCAACUAUCCUGACAAUGCUGUCUACAAGUUCUGUGAGGUGGCUAAAGAGAACGGGAUGGACAUCUUCCGUGUUUUUGACUCAUUGAACUAUGUUCCUAACAUGCUCUUGGGGAUGGAUGCAGCAGGAGCAGCCGGUGGAGUGGUAGAGGCGGCCAUCUCAUACACUGGAGACGUCUCUGACCCCACAAGACAGAAAUACUCCUUAGACUACUAUCUUAAAGUAGCAGAUGAGCUGGUUAAGGCUGGAACACACAUUCUUUGUAUCAAGGACAUGGCUGGUCUCCUGAAGCCUGACUCCGGCCAAUUACUGGUCAGAGCGUUGAGGGACCGCUUCCCUGAUGUGCCGAUCCACGUGCACACUCAUGACACCGCAGGGGCCGGAGUGGCCGCCAUGCUGGCAUGUGCAGAGGCUGGAGCUGACAUUGUGGACGUGGCGGUUGACUCCAUGGCAGGAAUGACGUCCCAACCCAGCAUGGGUGCCAUUGUGGCAUGUGCCAAAGGCACCAAACUCAGUACUGGCAUCUCUCUUGAGAAGGUCUUUGACUACAGUGAGUAUUGGGAGGUAACCCGAGGCCUUUAUGCGCCGUUUGACUGCACAGCCACCAUGAAGUCUGGGAAUGCUGAUGUUUAUGAGAAUGAGAUUCCGGGAGGCCAGUACACCAACCUUCACUUCCAAGCUCACAGUAUGGGGCUGGGAACCAAAUUUAAGGAGGUGAAGAAAGCCUACGCAGAAGCCAACAAGCUGCUCGGUGACCUCAUCAAAGUAACACCCUCCUCUAAGAUUGUUGGCGAUCUGGCGCAGUUCAUGGUGCAGAACUCUCUGAGUCGGGCAGAGGUGGAGGAGAGAGCAGAUGAGCUCUCUUUCCCUCUCUCUGUGGUGGAGUUCCUGCAAGGACACAUCGGCAUCCCCCAUGGAGGUUUCCCGGAACCAUUCAGGUCAAAGGUUUUGAAGUCUCUUCCCCGUGUGGAGGGACGUCCUGGAGCCUCCCUCCCCCCGAUGGAUUUUCAGGCCUUGGAGAAGCAACUACGAGAGGCGCACGGUGAUGAAAUCACCCCAGAGGAUGUGAUGUCAGCAGCCAUGUACCCCAAAGUGUUCCAGGAGUACAAAGAGUUCACUAGAACCUUUGGGCCAGUAGACUGUCUCAACACCAGACUUUUCCUGGAUGGACCCAAGAUUGCUGAAGAAUUUGAGGUGGAGUUGGAGAGAGGUAAGAUACUCCACAUCAAGGCUUUGGCUCUAGGAGACCUGAAUAAAGCCGGCCAAAGAGAGGUGUUCUUUGAACUCAAUGGUCAGCUGAGAUCCGUCCUUGUGAAGGACACUGUAGCCAUGAAGGAGAUGCAUUUCCACCCUAAAGCCCUGAAGGAUGUUCGUGGGCAGAUUGGAGCUCCUAUGCCUGGUAAGGUGGUGGAGGUAAAGGUGAAGCAGGGCCAGCAGGUGGAGAAAGGACAGCCACUCUGCGUCCUCAGUGCCAUGAAGAUGGAGACGGUGGUUAACUCUCCACUCUCUGGCACCGUGGCCAAGGUGUACGUUACGGCUGACAGCACCCUGGAAGGAGAUGAUCUUAUUCUGGAGAUCAAUGAGUAGAUAUAUUGAAGGCCACCAGUAGGGAGAAUGACACAUCACCGCUGCCAAUCCUUGCAAGGCUUAACACACACACACACACACACACACACACACACACACACACACACACGACCAAGAUAUACCACAGUUAUAUAAGGAGACAGACAUCUUUUCAGUGGAAGCACACAUUGCGAAUAAGACAGUUUGGCUUAUUUUGAGAGAAUCUGUAUCUGAAAAUGUGUUUGUACUUGCGCUCUUGAAUUUGCUGACUUUUGUGUCUUAUUUGUUAGUGUUAAUCAAUGUUUAAUUAGUAUUAAUGAAUGUAGUGAAAACUAAAAGUUUUACACUGAAAACAGAACAAACAAUAAAGAAAAUAAUGACAGAAUGAGUCUUAAUUAGAUGUAUUCCUAGUCGUGUUAAAUCUUGCACCCAGUAUGUUUGGUCACAAUUGUUUACACACUGUAAACUCAAAGCACUGCAGUUUAGUUUACCAGGGCUUUCAAAACUCUGAAAUCAACUUAAUUUAAUGCACAGUCCCUCCUUUACUGGAGCACCAAUUACAGACAGAUAUUCCUUCAAAUCGUAACUCAAACUUGAAUUAAAGACCAAAAUGCUAUUUUAAGAUAAACUGGAUUGUCAUAUAUACCCAAUGUUUUGACCAAUGGCCUUGCUUGCUUUAUUAGUGAGAAAAAUAACUGCAGCAAUGGAUCAGAAUGGAUUGGAUAGUCUCCUGAGUCUUAAACUUGAGUGCGUCUCAUGCAAAGGUGGAGAAUAGGUGGAGUUGUUACCCAGGUGGCUCGGGCUGAAGUGAACUCCACUGAGGCCAAUGAGGAUCGAUGACUGUUUUUAAGAGCACUUAUAAACUC